AUGCAUAUCUUUCCAACACCGUAUCCCCUUUACUUUCGAAUGACAUCACAUAUACAGUCUGAAGGAGGUCUCAAUACACCGAUCAGCCCUUCUUUACCCACAAGUCCAUUGGCAGCGAUCAGGGAAAGUGAGGCGACGCCAUUUGAUAGCAAAGGCUCAGCAAUCAGGGAAUUGACGUUACGUGCAGCAGGUCUCAGAGUCCCCGCUUCUGUUUUAGUUUGCUCUGGAAAGCAAUUAAUGGACUUAGGUCCACACGUCACACAUGUCGUGGGUAACCUUGUGUUCGGUCUUUCCCCGUGCGGCGUUGGGCGCUUCCAUUCUUACCCGCAGUUUGCCUCCACUUGCUUUUUCCAAAACACCAUCUACCAACAUCUAACGGCGUCGUCAGCCUGCCACGCGACCUGUCUCUCGAAAGCAAUGUCACAGCAGCAGUCUGGAUCGUCAAGCAUCGUUGAAUAUUACAGUGCUCAUCGCGAGCCGGUGUUUCGACCAGAUGGCGAGUUCCACCAUUUCGCAAGGCGAUGUGACCCAGUACAUACAAGAAACGGAUACUGGAAGUUCUCAACCUAUGAAGACGACCAACGCGCCUAUAAGCAUGGACUGCUUACACCGGAGGCCGUUCUAAUUGCACAAGAUGCUGGCGAUGGAAUGUACGACGAGAUUAUGCUGCGUUGGGUACCAGGUGAGCUGGACACGAACAACAAACCUUCAGUUGGGUCCGCUGCAGCUCACUUGGAAACCAUCUACAAUGAGAGAAAAGUGUUAGGCAAAGCCCUCUCAUUUCAAGGCCGGGUACCAUUAUACCCUACCAGCACCACUGAGAAACUCAUCAGAUAUCGACUUAUUAGAUACGGCGUACAGAAAGGCGUAUUCCCACCAGAAACUCUGCUAUCGCCUUCUCUCCGACCAUCGAAAACUGAUAAGACGAUGGCCCCAAAGACGCGUGACGAGCCUGCACCGAACCACGACUCUAUACCCUUCUCAGCAUCUGUAUCAACGCUCUCGUUGUCACAGACUAUCAGUGAAUCAGCAUCGUCACAGCAAGUAAUUCCUACUACAUUGGAUAUUCCAGCUGCGGAGCUCACCAAGCCAAUGGAUCAGCUGGACUUUACUGAAAAGUUGCAAGCUUCACACCUUCCUCAGGAAACCCAUCACAUAAUACCGUCUUCUGAGGUUGGUCAGUAUAUGAGUAUGCCUUCAGGCACCACUGAAAGUUUUGGGAGUAAACAUAGCGCCGGUUUACUCCUGGCUACGAGAUCUAAUGGCCAUCAGGGUAUGACCGGAAGAGGCAAUACAUGCCAUGAAAACACCAACGAUGAAGCCCCUAUGGUCCCAAAUAAUAAUGUCCCAAAUGUGUCGUUGGCAAAACUGAAGCCUUCGGACCAUUUCGGUGCGCAAGUUGCAGAUCUGCCACGCAUGGACUGUGAGGCAGAUGCAACUGACAGUUGGAACAAUAUUGCCGCUCUAUGUUUACAACCUACUGACGUGCUAUCAGUAUCUAAGAUCCACGGCUUUACCGAAUGUGUCACCAAAUUCGACCCUGACCCAAGGAGGGAGCCAGAGAUUCAGAUACACGAUAUGGCAAACGUCAUUCGCGAUCUCGACACAUUCAAAGAGGAUCCUGACCUGCACGGAUUGGAUGAUAAGCUUAUUGUCUUAUUAUGGGGCCUCAAGUCAUCUGGCAAUGCGCGAGCACUCAAUGGGUUUGUUCUCUCUCUGAAUUUCGAGCCGAGUUAUGCUAACACGGUCUAA